CAAUCAAUUUCAUUUCCCCUUCCUCUCAUCUCAAUCAGAUCUGCUGCUUCCAUUGUAGUCUCUUUGAAGUAUAAUUUAGUUCGUCUAUUCUUUCUUUUUCGAGCAAAAAGAAAAAGGCUCAUCAAGAUGAGCAUGUACGGUAGAGAUCCGUGGGGAGGCCCGCUGGAGAUAAACGCGGCGGAUUCCGCCACCGACGACGACCGGAGCAGGAACCUUCAAGACCUGGACAGGGCUGCGCUCUCUCGUCCCUUGGACGAGACACAGCAGAGCUGGCUGCUUGGCCCCAGCGAGCAGAAGAAGAAGAAGAGGUACGUCGAUCUCGGAUGCAUCAUUGUCAGCCGCAAGAUCUUUGUUUGGACGGUCGGGACACUGCUCGUCUCCGGAUUUCUCGCCGGAUUCAUCACCUUGAUCGUGAAAACGGUUCCACGUCAUCAUCACGGCAAGCCUCCACCCGAUAACUACACUCUCGCACUUCACAAGGCGCUCAUGUUCUUCAACGCUCAGCGUUCGGGGAAGCUGCCUAAGCAUAAUAAUGUGUCGUGGAGAGGAAACUCGUGCCUCCGAGAUGGCAAAUCCGAUACCUCUACUACGAUUAAGGAUCUGGUCGGCGGCUACUACGAUGCUGGAGAUGCUAUCAAGUUCAACUUCCCUGCAUCUUUUGCCAUGACCAUGUUGAGCUGGAGCGUCAUCGAGUACAGUGCUAAAUACGAGGCUGCUGGGGAACUCAAUCAUAUUAAGGAGGUUAUCAAAUGGGGUACUGAUUAUCUGCUCAAGACCUUCAACAAUUCAGCUGAUAAAAUAGAUAAGAUUGCAGCACAGGUUGGGGUAGGAGAUACUUCUGGAGGCAGUACGACACCGAAUGAUCAUUAUUGCUGGAUGCGCCCUGAGGACAUUGAUUACCCGCGCCCUGUCUAUGAAUGUCACAGCUGCUCUGAUCUUGCUGCCGAAAUGGCUGCUGCUUUGGCUUCUGCUUCCAUUGUUUUCAAAGACAACAAGGCAUACUCUCAAAAGCUUGUCCACGGUGCACGGACCCUCUUUCAGUUUUCCAGGGAUCAAAGAGGCAGAUAUAGUGCUGGUGGUUCUGACCCUGCCCUCUUUUAUAACUCCUCCAGUUACUGGGAUGAGUUCGUUUGGGGUGGAGCCUGGUUAUACUAUGCCACUGGGAACUCUUCCUACCUUCAGUUGGCUACUCAUCCUAAACUUGCCAAGCAUGCUGGGGCUUUCUGGGGAGGCCCAGAUUAUGGCGUUCUUAGCUGGGAUAACAAGCUUGCUGGUGCUCAGGUGCUUUUGAGCCGGCUGAGAUUGUUUUUAAGUCCUGGAUAUCCAUACGAGGAAAUAUUGAGAACGUUUCACAAUCAAACCAGCAUAGUUAUGUGCUCAUACCUUCCAGUUUUUACUAGCUUUAAUAGAACUAAAGGAGGUUUGAUUCAGUUAAACCAUGGUAGGCCUCAGCCUCUGCAGUAUGUUGUCAAUGCAGCCUUCUUAGCCGCCUUAUUCAGCGAUUAUCUUGACGCUGCCGAUACACCUGGAUGGUAUUGUGGUCCAAAUUUCUAUUCAACUAAUGUCUUGCGUGAAUUUGCUAAAACCCAGAUCGAUUACAUCCUCGGUGAAAAUCCUCGGAAAAUGAGCUAUGUUGUGGGUUUUGGUAACCACUACCCAAAACAUGUUCACCAUAGAGGUGCAUCUACCCCUAAGAAUAAAAUCAGAUAUAACUGUAAGGGGGGAUGGAAAUGGAGGGAUUCGAAAAAGCCAAACCCGAACACACUUGUGGGAGCCAUGGUUGCUGGACCCGACAGGCAUGAUGGAUUUCACGACGUUCGUACCAACUACAACUACACCGAGCCAACUCUUGCAGGCAACGCUGGUUUGGUUGCUGCACUCGUGGCAUUGUCUGGUGAUAGAUCGACUGGGAUCGAUAAGAAUACUAUAUUUUCUGCAGUCCCACCAAUGUUCCCGACACCACCACCACCUCCGGCACCGUGGAAGCCGUAAACAUGCUUUUCAAUUCAUUAUCUGCUUCCAGUUCAUAUUGACUUACGGUAUUAUGAUUCUGGAAGUAUUUUUUGGCACCUUGAUGACCUCGAAAGUGAAAGUAGUGCAAAGGGCAAGAAAGGAGAUUAGCAAUGGAACAACCUGCAGUAGUGAAGUUAUGGUGGUUUGGCUAUUAGAUUGGAGAAUAGGACUUGGCAUUCAGGAUCUGGUCAUUUGAAUAUGAAGUCCAUUUGGAUUUCAUGUUAUAUAUAGUGUAUAUGUAUGGUAUCAAUACUGUAUUCUUUGAAACACGAGUUUAAACGCUUAAGUUGAUUUAACAAUAAAUUUGUGUC